AUGAGCGAUGAAACGACGUUGACAGCAGAUGUAGAAGCUGCAGCAGCACCAGAGGAUGUGGCAGCUUCUAAGACAUGUGGUGAAACCACACGGCGAAAUGACGAGGAGGCAGAAGCACGAGAGUCAUACAUGCAGAUUUUCGGCGAGGUGCGAGGGGUGCUGUUCCCCACACUCGUUUCAGCAAAGACGGCUGCUGCUGCACCGGACUCUGCUUCUUCCUGUUUCUGUGUUGUCUGCGAGCUACCUGUUGAGCCAGAUGAAAUUCUCCUGUGUAGCUGCGGCAGUAGCGUGCAUUCUGACUGCGCGGACACGGCCGCCGACGGUGUGCUCUACUGCUCGCGUUUCUGUCACGUGCCGUAG